UAUCACUUGACAGAUCAUACGACAUUACAGAGUUGUGAAUAGUGCAUAUAUGAAGAAGGAUUUGUAUUCAAUAACUAAGUCAAUAAAAACCUUGCUAAAAUUCACCGGGAUAAAAUAAACAGAUUCGCAAUUACUUUGCAUCAGUGUUUCUCGCGCAUUGUUUAAGGAUUCUCACGUGUAAAACACUCCUCAUCUUCACCGAUUUUAUUUAGUGUUUGGAAUACUUUUGUAUACUAUAAUAGCUUAACUCAUAUAUGUGAUCUUUCUCAGUGUUGUUUUUUAUUAAUAUCCAAAAAAAAAAUAAGUUGAUUAUAGUUAAAAGUUGAACAAGUGAUAAUUUAAUGGGCAUGCAAUGAUAAAGCAACAGAAUUGUUUCAAUUCCUGCGAGCAGGAGGCAGCAACUGGCCCUUAGCAAUGUUUUCAGUCCUUGCCUAUCAAUUAUCCUCAAAAUUUUCAGAAGAAGAGAAGUGUCCGCGCCUGUUGGCCCCCACCACUAUGUCCAAGAAGCCGGCGACUCAGCCGACCCUGCACAAGGUGAUCAUGGUGGGGUCCGGAGGGGUCGGCAAGUCCGCCCUCACCCUGCAGUUCAUGUACGACGAGUUCGUGGAAGACUACGAGCCCACGAAGGCUGACAGUUACAGGAAAAAGGUGGUGUUGGACGGCGAGGAGGUUCAGAUCGAUAUCCUGGACACGGCGGGCCAGGAGGAUUACGCGGCAAUCCGAGAUAAUUACUUCCGGUCGGGCGAGGGCUUCCUCUGCGUCUUCUCCAUCACCGAGCCGGAGAGCUUUGACGCCACGCAGGAGUUUAGGGAACAGAUCCUGCGCGUGAAGAACGACGAGAACAUCCCGUUCCUGUUAGUGGGGAACAAGUCGGACCUCGGCGACAAGAGGCGGGUGCCGCUGGACGCCUGCCGCGAGCGAGCGACCGCCUGGCGCGUGCCCUACGUCGAGACGUCCGCCAAGACCAGAGAAAACGUUGACAAGGUGUUCUUCGACCUGAUGCGCGAGAUCCGUUCCCGCAAGUCGGACGACAGUCGCGCCACUAACGGCGACGUGAAGGGAAAGCGGCGCAGGAGGAUCAAGUGCGCCAUUUUGUAGUGAGGCGGCGGCCGGGCGAGGGUCCGCGGACACUCCCCACGCUCGCGUCGCCGGCGUCGCGCGUGCGCCGCGGUCCGCGUUCUCUAGACUAUCGUUCUGUUCGUAGCGCCGCGCCUGCAUGUAAGUCUGUGUUAAAGAAUUGUAAUCGGAGUCACGGUAGACUUUUUGUACUUUAUAGUUGAAACUAUAUUCAAUAUUGUAUUAUUAUUUUUUACAAUAAAAAAUGAACAUGAAGUACGACCAUGUAAUAGCGGAGCGAGCGUCCGCGCGCGGUCCGCGAGGCGGCGGCGCGGCUCGGGCGCCAUAUAGUACAUACUGCAUCGUCAUGUAAUCUCGUGUAUUUAUUGUAGCUAGUAAGUGCUGGAUGUAUCGCGGUGGGUCGAUGUUACUUCCACUGCCGAUCACUGUUCCUAGAAACGCCCGUCCGCCGCGUGUCUCUCUCCCCUCUCCUCCCUCCCUCCCCCUCCCGCUCGUUGUUGAAGUCGCUUUAUGUUUGUCUCGAGCUCAGAGCUUACCUUUGCCUUGCGCCCCGUGAGCCGUCUGGCCGCUCGGUCGCCGCACGUGUACGUCAUCCAUCACCCCUCACCCCGAGCCGAUCAUGAUCCUCUGCACAAGUCAUUGUAAGUUAGUGCUUGUAUAUAAACUGUAAGUUCGUUGCGAACGAAAUGUUUUGCGACAGAAUGGAAGCUAUCAUUUUGUCCUCGAAUUUUAUAAAAAUGAAAUUGUAAGCAUCGCUUGGUGAGGGCGCGCCGCCACGGGUCCUGUGCAUUACGUAUUGUUAUUAUACAAUAAAGUGGAUAUUGACGCGAGUCCCGCGCGGCCCGCCUUCAGCAUCUCAAACUUUAUGUAUACAUGUACCGGUGUGUGUUACAUUACGACGUAUUGUGUCAGUGGUUGUCUGUCUGUCUGUCUGUCUGUCUGUCGAAAAAAAGACUUAUUAGAGAAAAAUAGUUUAUCGGAUUGAGAGAACACGAUUUCUGUCAAUGUGAUAGGAUAAAGAUCUAACAUAAGAUUAAAGUAAAUAAAUGUUGAAGGCAUCCGUCAUCGGCCAACUGGCACGCUGACACAUGCCUACAGUAUAUCUAGAGAGCAUGGCCUUGUGACGUAGAGUUAAGACGGCCGCCUAGCACGGGGACUCGCGGCGAAACGCGUUUCACUUGAGUCCCACGUUGUGUUUGUGACCGCGCUCUUGCGACGAGACGUGUUCCGUGGUGUGGACAGUGCUCGUGCCCUCAGGCCUUCCUCUCGCUGGCCCGCGCGCUCAGCGACGCCAAGAGCCCGCCGGCGGAGGCCCGGGCGGCCCCCCCGCCGCCCUGCGCCCCGUGCUGCCGCCUGCUCUAACACCCGCCGCCGAUAUCCAUAUGCUCGAGACGUCCCACUGCCCAUUACAGUCACGACUCGGUUGCUCAACGUAUAACGCGAUUAUUUUGUUAUUUCUUAUUUGUCUAUUGUAUAAUAAUUGAAUCGUAAUUUUCCGAUCGAAGUGAAGUCUUCAAGGAACAGGAGGCCCAUCCUGGACAUUGUGAGAUUUUAAAUUUGAUAUGAACAAUAUUUGGAAGCGUCAAUAUUCCGUGUGUCAGAGCAGCGCCCGCAUUUGUAUAAGUUGAUAAAUAAAAACAUAAAUAUGU